GUUACCAAGCUUGGUGCAUUGGAACGUCAUUUUUUCAUAGAGAAGCUCAUCAGGCAUAUCGAGAACGACAACCUUAAUUUGUUGCGCAAGAUUAGGGAUAGAACUGACAAGUGAGCUUAUUAUUCUCUUGAUAAUGGGAGUUGCAUAUAUAUUCAGAAAGUCUAAUGGCUAUAGAGUUACCUAGAAACAUGAAAAACCUGUGCGAGCAUCAAAGAUAAUUGCAGACAUAAAUAGCAUAAGACCCCAAAAGUUCAUUAACAGAUUUGAAAAAACAACACUUUUAUUUAUAAAGUGCGUUAUAAUUUACAUGCUUGCAUUUAUCUUGGUAAGAGGCCACAUCGUGCCUGAACCAUGUUGGCAAACUUAUUUGAAUGAGGAUUUGCUUUCUUCUUGUUUUCGUUUCCUCUUUUCUUCCUCAAACUCAUGCCACGAAUUUUGCUUUUCAUGGAGUAAGGAAAAAAUUGCUGUUAAACUCUUUUCCUCAGGGUUGGUGUCAAAUUGCCCACCAUAGAAGUCAGAUAUCUGAAUUUAUGCAUUGAAGCAGACUGUGAGAUAGUUGAAGGAAAGCCCCUGCCCACUCUCUGGAAUUCUCUAAAAAGCAUGCUCCCUGUAAGUACCUUUCAUGUGGAGUAGAUUGAAGGGUAUUCCUGCAGUGCCGGGUUUAAAGAUACGUAUGGCCAAAAUAAGCAUCAUUAAGGAUGUCAGUGGAACUAUAAAGCCUGGAAGGAUGACUUUAUUGCUUGGACCUCCUGGAUGUGGGAAAACUUCCUUUCUUAAGGCUCUCUCAGGGACUCUAGGCAAAUCUAUCAAGGUCACUGGAGAAAUUUCAUAUAAUGGCCACUAUCUUAACGAGUUCAUCCCCCAAAAGACAUCUGCUUAUAUAAGCCAAUUUGAUCUGCACAUUCCAGACAUGACUGUAAGGGAAACACUGGACUUCUCUGCCCGUUGUCAAGGUGUUGGAAGCAGAGAAGAUAUCAUGAUGGAGAUCAGCAGAAGGGAGAAGGAGGCAGGAAUCUUUCCAGAUCCUGACAUAGAUACUUACAUGAAGGCCACUGCUUUCAAAGGACUUAAAAGAACUCUUCGGACAGACUAUAUUUUAAAGAUCCUAGGGCUGGAUAUCUGUGCGGGCACAUUGGUUGGAGAUCCCAUGAGAAGAGGCAUAUCAGGUGGUCAAAAAAGGAGAUUGACUACAGCGGAGAUGAUUGUGGGCCCAAAAAAAGCUCUAUUCAUGGACGAAAUAACAAACGGCUUGGACAGUUCAACAGCCUUUCAGAUUGUUUCUUGUCUUCAGCAGCUAGCACAUUUGACAGAUGCCACUAUACUGGUUUCGCUUCUUCAGCCUGCGCCAGAAACAUUUGAUCUUUUUGAUGACCUCAUUCUGCUGGUUGAAGGGAAAAUUGUGUACCAAGGCCCUCGUGACCAAGCUCUGAAGUUUUUUGAGGAUUGUGGAUUCAGGUGUCCUGAAAGAAAAGGGGUCGCCGAUUUCCUCCAAGAGGUUAUAUCUAGAAAAGAUCAAGCACAAUAUUGGCAGCAUCCUGAGCUACCGUACAGUUAUAUGUCAGUUGAUAUGUUCUGUAAAAAGUUCAAGGAAUCUUAUUGUGGGAUGAAGCUUGAUCAGGAGCUUUCAGGCAUAUUUGAUAGGUCCAAAAGCCACAAAAAUGCUCUUUCUUUUGAUGUUUACUCUCUGUCCAGAUGGGAACUUCUCAGAGCAUGCAUGGCGAGGGAACUUCUUCUCAUGAGGAGAAAUUCUUUUAUCUAUGUUUUUAAAUCAGUACAGCUUAUUUUUGUUGCAUUUAUCACGAUGACUGUAUUCUUGCGGACUCGGAUGGGAAUAGAUGUAUUUCAUGCAAACGACUAUAUGGGCUCUAUGUUUUACGGGCUAAUCAUACUCCUUGUUGAUGGAUUUCCGGAAUUGGCAAUGACAGUUUCAAGGCUCACAACCUUCUACAAACAAAAGGAGCUGUACUUUUACCCUGCUUGGGCUUAUGCAAUUCCAGCAUCUAUACUGAAACUUCCUCUUUCACUGCUGGAAUCUGUUGUUUGGACAUCUCUUACAUAUUACGUGAUUGGAUACAGUCCUGAGGUAGGCAGGUUCUUCCGCCAAUUACUACUUCUUUUCUCUGUGCACUUGUCGUCCAUAUCCAUGUUCCGUUUUCUGGCCUCAAUCUUUCAAACUGCAGUUGCUUCCAACUUAGCUGGUACUGUUGCAUUACUGAUUGUGAUGCUAUUUGGUGGUUUUGUCAUCCCAAAAUCCUCUAUGCCUGCUUGGUUAAAGUGGGGUUUCUGGGUCUCUCCACUAACAUAUGGAGAAAUUGGACUUUCCAUUAAUGAAUUUCAUGCUCCACGAUGGCAAAAGAUUUCAUCGUCAAACACUACAAUAGGGCAUACAAUCCUUGAAAGCCGAGGACUAAACUUUAAUGGGUAUUUCUUUUGGAUAUCAGUUGGUGCCUUACUGGGAUUUACCUUACUGUUCAACAUCGGUUUCACUUUGGCCUUAACUUUCUUGAAGCCUCCAGGAUCAUCACGCGCUAUCGUUUCACGUGAGAAAUACAUGCAUAGAAGUGGAACCGAAGAUUCUCAAGACAACGUAAAGCAUGAAGAGCCAAAGAAAGUUCCUGCUGAAGUAGUGCAAACAAAACAUGUAGGAAGGAUGGUUUUGCCUUUCACACCAUUGACCCUCGUGUUUAAAGAUGUGCAGUACUACGUAGACGCCCCUGUGGAAAUGAGACAACAAGGCUUUGCACAGAAAAGAUUGCAACUUCUCUCUGAUAUCACAGGCACAUUCAGACCUGGUAUUCUUACCGCAUUGAUGGGUGUGAGUGGAGCUGGGAAAACUACUCUGAUGGAUGUCCUUUGUGGGAGAAAAACUACCGGCUAUAUUGAAGGAGAAAUAAAAGUUGGUGGUUAUCCCAAGGUUCAAGAAACAUUUGCAAGAAUCUCUGGUUACUGUGAGCAAACGGACAUACAUUCCCCACAAAUCACUGUGGAAGAGUCUGUCAUAUUUUCUGCUUGGCUUCGUUUAGAUCCUCAGAUUAACUCAGAACGUAAAAUGGAAUUUGUCAAUGAAGUCCUGGAGACGAUUGAGCUUGAUGGAAUAAAAGAUUCUUUAGUGGGCAUACCUGGUGUGAAUGGUCUAUCCACAGAGCAACGAAAACGACUCACUAUCGCUGUAGAGCUUGUUGCAAAUCCUUCCAUAAUCUUUAUGGAUGAGCCUACAACAGGACUUGAUGCUAGAGCUGCUGCGAUUGUCAUGCGAGCAGUGAAGAAUAUAGUUGAUACAGGAAGAACAAUAGUUUGCACCAUCCACCAACCCAGCAUUGACAUAUUUGAGGCUUUUGAUGAGUUGGUUUUAUUAAAAGCUGGUGGACGGCUGAUUUACUCAGGACCCUUGGGACAUAACUCAAGCAUAGUUAUAAAAUACUUUGAGAGUAUUCCUGGGGUGCCAGAUAUUAAGAGCAACUACAAUCCGGCUACAUGGAUGCUAGAGGUGACUUCUACCUCAACUGAAGCUGAACUUGGCAUUGAUUUUGCUCUAUUCUACAAAGAGUCGACAUUGUAUGAGACCAACAAAGAGCUUGUAAAGCAGCUGAGCACUCCACUUCCUGGUACUAGUGACUUGCACUUCUCCUCCCGAUUCUCCCAAAAGUGGUGGGGACAAUUCAAGUCAUGUCUAUGGAAGCAGUACUUGUCCUAUUGGAGAAGUCCUCCUUACAACUUGACGCGUACACUCCACACAAUCGCUGUGUCUUUUCUCUUCGGGUUACUGUUCUGGAAUCAAGGGAAGAAACUAAACAACCAGCAGAACUUAUUCAAUGUGUUGGGUUCGAUGUAUAUAGCCGUGCUCUUCUUGGGCAUAAACAACUGCUCAUCAGUACUACACUAUGUUGCCACGGAACGGACUGUCAUGUACCGUGAGAGAUUUGCAGGGAUGUACUCUUCAUUGGCUUUUUCACUAGCACAGGUUGUUGUUGAGAUACCAUAUAUACUAGUUCAAGCAAUUUUAUUUGUGAUCAUCACCUAUCCGAUGAUUGGUUAUUUCGGGUCAGCAGACAAGAUCUUCUGGUACUUCUAUGUCAUGUUCUGCUCACUGCUAUCAUUCAAUUACCUCGGAAUGCUGCUCGUGUCCCUGACACCAAAUGUCAUGGUGGCUGCAAUUCUACAAUCUGCCUUCUACGCAAAUUUUAAUCUUUUUGCUGGGUUUUUGAUCCCAAAACCGAAAAUUCCAAAAUGGUGGAUCUGGUUGUACUAUGUGUGUCCAACAUCAUGGGCACUUAAUGGUAUGAUGACUUCGCAGUAUGGAGAUAUUGAUAAGGAAAUUGAGGCAUUUGGAGAAACCAAAAUUGUGGCGGCCUUCUUGAAAGAUUAUUUCGGGUUUCACCAUGAUCAAUUGUAUGUUGUGGCCAUUGUCCUCGCUGCCUUUCCCAUUGUUCUAGCAACUCUUUUCACAUACUGUAUAGGGCACUUGAACUACCAGAGAAGGUGACACCAUAAUUCUCUGUUAGUAUCAGAGUGUAAAUUAAGUUGUACAAUCUUCAUAACUAUCCAAAUAAGUGAAUUGUGACAAUGAA